AUGACGCACAUGUUGUAUUGGCUGGAGAAGAAAGCUAGAGACAUCAAGCCAACACUGCGGAGGGACGUAUUCAAUGUUGAGCAGCCGAUGGUCACGUCAGUUCUCCAAGAUAUGGUGUUCACCAAGGUGGACGAGAUAGAGGGCGAGUUCUACAAGCUGUUCAGUGAUGAAGCCUACGCCGACGCGACGAAGCGGGGUCAAGUAUGGGAGUUUGCAUCCGCAGGAGAGCUUGACUUAGCCAAGACCCGAGCUUCGUGCAUCCAGCUUGCGCUCCAAGAAGCCGCCGACUUCCACAUGCGCUUCGCGAUUGAGGUCGGGCGCUAUCCCUUGAGAUUGUUCUGGAUGACGCGCCGUUCCCACGACUACGCCUGCAACGCCAGAAGGACUAUCAGCAAGGAGCUUCUAGACAUUGCCCAGGACGAGGAGCAACGAGGAACGACGCCGUGGAAGAUUGGGAAGCGUUGUGCAAGGGAGCUCCAGAUCUGUUCUGAGAGUGGCACGUUGCCUUACGACCUGUGGUUAUUGUUCGUGGCGAUGGCUCGCAUGCUCGCGCCUGACACGCAAGAAAUAGAAGGCCUCAAUUCGAUUGUCAAGGUUAUCCUCCGAAGGGCCCCUGCCAUCGGCCUCGUGCUCUUGUCCGCGCGUCUGACGCUAAAGAAGGAGCUUGCCCGUCUACGGCCCACGCCUCAGUCACAGGAAGAUGUCGUUCGCAAAUGUCUGCAGGGCCACGAUGACGCCAAGGCUGCGCUGCGAGAUGCGACUCGUUUCGAAGCUUACCUCUACUUGGGGGCGGUCCCGGCGAAGCAUCUACAUGCGAUCGAAGAUUGUGACGGGGAGAAGGACACGGUCGAGUUGAUUAUCCCAUUGGAAACUUCUUCUCUCAAGGACCUCAGCUUCGACAUGCGCACUGCCAUGGUAGAGCGCGGCGUCGCAGGGCCGACUGCGCUGAAGGUCGUGCGAGUCACGUGGUCUUUCGAGUCGAUGCGCAAAGCUGGCGCGAACUUAAGGGCGUUCAUGGCAGGCCCCCCUACGCCGAUCAGUGGCAUGUGCACUUGCGCUCGUGGCGGCCAUUCUGCCGCCGCCGACGCUGAGUGGGUUGACGCCUUGCGCGAGGCCCUGUUCCGCGAUGAUCCUGAAGCUGCAAGCGGGGGCGAUCAGGGCGAUCAGGGCGGGGAGGGCUCGGUCAUUGAGAAGGUCGUCGGCGCCAAGGGUCAGCCCGCUGACGGACCUGCCGAUGAAACAAAAGCGAACGAGGUCAUCGCAUCAGAGAUCUCCGCCGGGGACCAGCUGGGAACUGAUGCGGAGACACCCGAAGCCGACGAGGGCAUCAUGAAGGCUCUUGCCGAGGACGAUGCUACGUUGACCUUCGAUGGCGCUCGUUUGGAAGAAGAGGCAACCCGACAUCAAGCAGCUGGCAUCAUGGAGGAUGGCAGCCCUGCCGACGACGAGGUGCACAUCGAGAUCGAGCAGCUCAUGACUGCCUUGGCUUCGUGGAUGGAAAAUGUGAUUGCUUCGUGCAAGGCCUUGGAAUGGGCGCGGCGCAUGGGAGCCCCUAAGGACAAAAUUAUAUCUUUGCUGGCAAACUAUGAGAUCAAAGACAUGGGGGAACCCGCAACGGUGUGGAUAUGCUGGGACAACUACGUUAAACGAGAAGGCAAAUUUUUCCAACUCGACGACAGCAACGACGCCCCAUACAAGAGACCAGCUGACAGCGUCAACAUCAAGGACACACUGGACAAUGGAAUCUACAAACUCAUCAUUGGAGAUACAGCUACUCGAAUGGUCCGGGCAGCCGAGUUUAUACCAGGCACAGAUAUUCGUCUCCGACAGCCUAUGAACAGCAAUGCCAAGCGAGUGUGGGACACGAUUUCGAUCAAUGUUGAUUUGCAGUUGUACAAUGUGGAGGGGGCUCUUUGCACAUUAUGCAGCAAGCAUUGGGAGAGCGGGAAGACGUGCAAGUUUUGCCUCACACCGUACCAUGCAGAGUGCAUGAUGCAUCAGAGGGAAGCAGUUUUCGCUGCUCUCGAUGUGUUCUCUGGUGGUAUCGAUGAGCUGGUCGAUGAGACGGGUGUUCCGUACGAGUCGAUGAUGCACAACGUCGUAUCUACCAGCUAUUCUUCUGCAGUGCUUGACCAG